ACGGUUCCCGCUACAAGGUUUAAACCCUCUAAAUUCAUUUGCUUAGGGAAACAUACCCCUUCCACCUGUGUCUUCUCUGAGGGAUUCAGCAAGAAGGAGAAUGCAGUCUUUCUCGGGUGAUGACCUGCCUCCAGUUGAAUUUUCUACCUCGUCUUCUCACUUGCAGCAGCAAAGGCCACUCUAUGGUCUGCAGCGGUCUGCAGCUGAUGGAAUUUCUGUAAAUCAGGGUGAAUUUGGGAAUGUUAAUUUUACCAUGUCAAGAUAUACAUCGGAUAUUCUUGACAGGAACCAGCCAUCUUAUCUUUCUGAUUUUGGAGGGUCAAGAAUUUCAAACUACUACAAUCCUUAUGCAUCCACUUUUGAUCAGCCACUAAGUUCAAAAUCCAGCUCUAAUGUUUUUAAGCAAGAAAAGGAUUUGCCCUACAGUAAUCUACACGAUGCUUCUUUAAGUUUGAGCCAUGUUCCAGUUUAUGGACAAGGUAUUGGAAGUCUUGGCUCAAGGCAUAUGACUUCCUUGCCAAAAUCUGCCCAGGCUACUAAUUUACCUAGGCCAGGCAGUGACCAGUAUGAUCUACUUUUUGACAGCAUUGAGCCAUCUUCAAACUCAUUCAAUAAAUUUGAUCAUGGUCAGAGGCGUGAAACCACAUUGAGACUCAGUGGUUCUCAUAAGCCAUUAGAUGUGGAAGAAAACAACAAGCAGAAAGAAGUUGAAGCUGUUGCUGUAUCCACGUCUAUAAAAAGUGAAAAUGAUGAAUAUGGUGAGACGGCUAAUGCAGAAGUGGGUGAUGUGGAUAAUGCGAGUGCAAGCAGCCCACUUGAUGAAGCAAAUACAACUGGGGGAGAGAUUGAGAUUGAUCAGGUUAAGAUGCCAGGGAAGAGCAAGAAGAGUAAAGAUUUAAGAUCAAUGAAACUUUUCAAAGUAGCCCUUACAGAUUUUGUGAAAGAGGUGCUAAAACCAUCCUGGCGACAGGGUAAUAUGAGCAAGGAAGCAUUUAAGACAAUUGUCAAGAAGACUGUUGACAAGGUGUCUGGAGCUAUGAAGAGCCACCAUAUACCCAAGUCUCAGGCAAAGAUAAAUCGAUACAUUGACUCAUCUCAGCGGAAACUGACUAAACUUGUGACGGGCUAUGUUCAGAAGUAUGCUAAAGGAUAAAAGUUUGCGCCUGCUGUGGUUUCAACCCAUGAUGGAAGAAAAUUUUGAUUCAACCUACUAUGGAAAAGAGAAUCUGCAGUUGGUCUUGUGAGGUAAUGUGAGGAUGUGCUGUGAUGUGUAAAGUUAGUUGCUGGUAGUACACUCAUAAUGUCAUGGCACAUUAGAAGAUGAACUUAAUGACAGGAGGAUUGAUUCCAACCUGAGCAAAAGUUCUGAGGAAGCUCCAAAACUUGUAUGUAAUGUGUUUUUUGAAUUCGAUUGAUAUAUAAAUAUAUAUAUAUAUAUAUUGUUUAACU